GUCCGAGGACUUGGUGAGGCCCUGGGCGCAGGUGAGCCUCUCUGGGGGGGCGGGUGCCCAGCACACAGCGGGCACCCCAAGCCUGAGGGCACACUGUGCGCCCCCAGACGGGGCCCGGGGUGUCCGGUGAAAACACGGCGUCUGGAGAAACAUUGGAAACCAGGAGUGACCGUGGCUCUGAGAUCUGAACACGUGAAGGCUCAGAGGAGGAGGGAACUGAGCCGUUUUCCUAAAUACAACACAGACCCGAAUGUUCGGGAGCCCGAAGGCGAGCUCGUCACACCCGGCACUGGCAGACGAGGGCGCCGGGCUUCAGGUCUGGGUUUUCCAGCCCCGGUGCUCUUGCUAAACACGCGACCCCUCGGUCCCGGCCGGCCCGGCACGAGCUGCGGUCGUCAGAGCCGCGCUGAUGUCAGCUGCGGGGGAGGGGAGGCCGUUUGCUCCCGCAGAUUUGCCUCCGACGGAGGGUGACAGGCGGCGGCGCCCCCGUAAUUUCGUGAGAAUGGUAUUACCCUGGCUUUACCCGCGCCCGCCGGGCACCCCCGUCCGUGAGCGCCGGCCUCGCUGCAGAGUGGGAGCCCCGCCCGGCCCUUUGUCUGGGGGCAGAGCGCUCACGUCCCGCGAGCGGGGCCGCUGCGGGGUGACCAUGUACCGGAGCAAACGCCGGCUUCAGAGAUAUAUCAACAUGGCCGGAGAACCCAAACCCUACAGACCCAAACCUGGAAACAAGAGGCCCCUUUCUGCACUUUACAGACUUGAGUCAAAGGAGCCGUUCCUAUCGGUUGGUGGUUACGUCUUUGACUAUGAUUACUACAGAGAUGAUUUCUACAAUCGGUUGUUCGAUUACCACGGCCGCGUGCCUCCCCCUCCUCGCGCAGUCAUCCCGCUGAAGCGCCCCAGGGUGACCGUCACGUCGACUCGCCGGGGAAAAGGCGUGUUUUCCAUGAAAGGGGGCUCGAGAUCUGCCGUAGGUGGGUCCUCAUCCUCAGGCUCUAAAUUGAAAUCGGAUGAGCUGCAGACAAUCAAGAAAGAACUAACCCAGAUCAAAACCAAAAUCGACUCCUUGCUAGGGCGCCUGGAGAAGAUUGAGAAGCAGCAGAAGGCAGAGGCAGAAGCGCAGAAGAAGCAACUGGAAGAGACUAUAGAGCUGAUCCAGGAGGAGUGCGUGUCCGAGAACGCAGACCGCUCUCCCGAGGAGCCUGCGGAAGGAGGGCCCGACGCAGACGGGGAGGAGAUGACCGACGGCGUAGAGGAAGACUUCGAAGAAGACGGGGGUCCCGAGCUGUUCCUGCAGAUAAAGUGAUCCGAGCGAGGGAGCGGAACCACGGACAGGAGAGAGGCUCCGACGGCCCCCAGGACUGUGAGGGAGGCUUCUUCCCAGAGACAAGCGUCUUCUGUUCAGUUUAUAUAAAAACCCAAAUCAGUAAAACGGACAGCGUUGUUCAGUCUUAGCGAUUCCAUUUCCUCUGCGUUCUGAGCUGUAUAAUGGUCGGGUUUUUAUGGUUUAGGUUGUAAAUGUGCGUUUCCCUUUGCUAAUUAU